AUGAUGCGUUUGUUGACUGGCGAUGGGCAAAAAGGUGACGGCAUGUUUGGAAAAGCCAUUGGGUUUCACACCCGCAUUGAGUUCCAAAAACGCGGCAACCCUCACGCCCAUAUUGCUCUGUACAUAGACGACGAGUAAGACCCCUUAACAGUGGACUUCGUCGAUGAAACCAUUGACGCCGAGCUUCCCAACAAGGACGAGGACUCAUGGCUCUACGACUUUGUCAUUGAGCAUCAGUUGCAUAUUUGCAACGAUGAGUACUGUCGUACCGAGCCAGGCGGAAAAUGUCGUCAUGGAUUCCCCAAAAAGUUCCAGAAAGUACGGCUUUAA